CUUAUCCUAUGAAAUUUCCUUUCACAACCGUUUUUCUUGCUAGGAGCUCAUUGCAACCAAAAUAAUGGCUGAAACAAAGUUAAGCUUAAAAGACAAAAGAUGGUCAACGCAUGGGAUGACUGCUCUAGUCACAGGAGGAACUCGAGGCCUUGGACAUGCGAUUGUUGAAGAAUUGGCAGAACUUGGGGCAGCUGUUCAUAUGUGUGCUCGUAGCCAAGAAGACAUUGAUUCAUGCUUGGAGCAGUGGAAAAGCAAGGGACUUAAUGUGACAGGUUCAGUAUGUGAUUUGCUUUAUCUUGACCAACGUAAAAGAUUGAUGGAAACUGUUGGCUCCACCUUCCAGGGAAAACUCAAUAUUCUUGUGAACAAUGCUGGCACAUGCAUAUCAAAGAAAAUACUAGAUUACACUGCCGAAGAUAUGUCAACCGUGAUGGGCACCAACUUUGAGUCCUGUUAUCAUUUGUGUCAACUUGCACACCCUUUUCUAAAGCAAUCUGGCUACGGGAGUAUAGUGUUUAUUUCGUCCGUUUCAGCUGUAAAAGCUGUUCCCGUUCUUUCUGUUUAUGCAGCUUCUAAAGGAGCCAUGAAUCAAUUCACCAGAAACUUAGCACUGGAAUGGGCAAAAGAUAAUAUCCGUGCUAAUGCUGUGGCAUCUGGACCUGUGAUGACUGUUCUUUCGAAGUCUUUCAUGGAUUCUUCGGAUGAAGGAUACAAGGUUGGUACUGAGGCAGCAUCUCAAACAUUUGUUGGUCGUAUGGGUGAGCCUGAGGAGAUAUCAGCAUUGGUAGCUUUUCUUUGCCUUCCGGCUGCAUCAUACAUCACUGGACAGGUUAUAGUUGCAGAUGGGGGUUACACAGUCUAGUAAUUGCUCCAUCAUUCAUGUCUCAAAUCGACUCAUGGUUGAUGUCUGUGUUUAUGUAUUAAACUGUCUCUUUCCAUUUAACAAGGCAGAACAACUGUUAAUUACCUUCUCCCAUGUGUUAUCUUUAUUGUUGGUAAUAGAUGGAACAACACUUCCUCCUUCUAGUAUUAUCUGUCAUGAAUAUUGUCAGCAAAAGGAGGAGAGAUACUAGUAACUUCAACUUGAUGAUGCCAAAAUAUUGAGUAAUUGUUAGUUACCUUC